UUGACAAGGUCCGAGUUCGGACGAGUCGGUUGGUUCCAUCAACCAAUUCAGGCAACCGCAGCCGUCUGCUCAGGUCACAGUCGGACAAAGAGGAAGGGACGCCAAAACCUGGAAGCGACGACAUAAUCAACCGACAUUAUCCGCCAUAAUUUUGAGCGGCUUCAGUUACAACUGAACUUGAAUUGUUUCACAGCGGAACAAAGCUCUGCCGCAAUUGACCGAUCAAGAUGAGCUUCCAAACACUCGCAGAAAAGGUCGCCUUCUUCGAGGUGCUGGACGCCCUCAGUGAGACCAUCAGUGAUGAUGAGAAAUUCGACACCCAGGAACAAGAACAUCGCGCAAGAAGCAAGGCCUUCUUCAGUUCCAAGGCGAAGCCAAAGCCUAAGUCAAACCCAAAUAUCCCGACAAUUCCUCAGACACAGCCGCCGGCAGCAACACUUUCGACUCCACUCUCCAAAACAUCAUCGCGGGUCGACAUCAUCAAAGCCACUCCAGGAGCGCGGGAUCUCCGAAAAACUGCCCUCAAGAACACAACAGACACACCCAGUGUCUCAGAUACUUCCCUUGUCGUAACAGAAACACCACAACCAAGCACAAGCUCUGCUCGGCCGGUUCCCCCGUUGCUGCAGAGAAGUGCGACGUUGCCCAUACCGUCAACUACAAGAUUGGUUUCAUCACCUCAUCAUCAACAAUCUCCGUCAGGCACAUCUUCAACGAGGAAGCGAAAACGCCAAGCCGAGGCAAACGCUGUACCGGAAGCAGACCAGAUAUUCCGCACUCUCAUGUUCUUCUACAUUCCCAACGACAACGUUGCCCCUGCCCGACGACUGCGCAUUGCCAGAGCCCAGCAAUAUGGGGCCAAGUGGGUUCGCUCUCUGGAAAAAGCUACUCAUGUCAUUGUCGAUAAGCGUCUGGCCUAUCAUGAUAUUCAGAGUGUUCUGGAAGCUACCCCUACAACAUCUGCUCCAGUCAUUGUUAACGAAGAUUAUCCCAUAGACUGUAUUCAGUUCCGCACAAUCCUCAACGCGGACCAGGCUCGCUAUCACAUCCCAGGUCGACCUCAUCCAGCUUCACCGACACUAAUUGCGCAGGCAACAGAUACCCAUGCACCAUCCCAAAUCUCCAACCGGUCGCUACAGGUCAAGGUCUCGACAGCAAAAAGGAGAAAGCAGGUCCCUAGUUCGCAAGAUAAAACUCAGUCACAAAGCGAGGAAUCAGUCCCUUUGGCUGAGUCCAUUGACGUACAAGAGAAGGGCGCUAAACCUGUGGCUGAGGAGCAAAUAGUUGAAGAUGUGGCGGAUGAUGAUUACAUACCAGAACCGAGGCCACCCAUCAUCCCAAGCCUACUUUCUGGUGGUCCUCGCUUAACAAGUAGCCUACAAAAAAUAUCACCUCAUCAUCAAGACGAUUCUCCGGAAGAUGACCCGAAAGACGAGCUUUCGGGAUGUAUUGAACUCCUACAACAGUACAAAGACCUUCCCUUGGAUGGUCCUCUAGAGGAUGAUGCUCAGUCAGUCAUCUCCUGCCAGGAGGAGAUCAUAUCUGAAUCCGAAAUAGAGGAGGGCUCUCCACAUGAACGCACCCAACAGCGCCGCUCACAACGAACACGUCGACCCACCCAGAAACAAAUCGCAUCUGAAGAUCGGUUUGCCUGUAACAAGGGUGGGACUAAGGACAAAGCCGCUGAAGCCCAAAACCCCAAUGCCAGGACAAUCGAGGUUCUCCAAUCAAUGUGCGACUACUACAGCCGAGUUUCUGAUCAAUGGCGCACUACUGCCUACCGUAAAGCAAUUGCUACUCUCAAGCGUCAGAAUACUAGAAUUACCACGGCAGAUGAAGCAUACCAUCUCCCCAGCAUUGGGAAGAGACUGGCUGAAAAGAUCGAAGAAAUUGUCACAACUGAUUCGCUUCGGCGCCUUGAGUACGCCCAAGCCUCGCCACUGGACCAUGUUCUUGCAACGUUCCUCAAGAUUUACGAUGUUGGAAAUGGCCGUGCCAAUAAGUGGAUUUCUCAGGGCUUCAGGACGUUGGAUGACUUGAAGCAGAAAGCAAAUUUGACGCACAAUCAACGGAUUGGUGUCGACCACUACGAAGACCUGAACACGCGCAUUCCGAGAAGAGAGGUAACUGCCAUUGGCGACUACAUCAAGAAAGAGGCAGCACAAAUUGAUCCAGCUGUCGAGUUGCUCAUUGGGGGUAGUUAUCGGCGUGGAGCGGAGAGCUCGAGGGAUGUGGAUUUCAUCAUUACCAAGAAAAACACUACCUCGUCAGCCGACUUGGUUCCUUUCUUUGAGCGGCUGCUCAAGGUCCUGACGGACAAGGGCUGUGUGGUCGCUACUUUAUCGGCUCUACAUGCGGACCGGAAAGGGAAGGAUGGACCAGGCAGUAAGUGGCUCGGCUGCUGUGUGCUGCCACGGGCAGACGGACCCACAAGCGACAAGAUGAUAACCAGGAGAUCUGCCAAGUCAGCUUCAUCAAGCACUCCACGUCCGAUAUGGCGCAGAGUAGAUUUUCUGCUUGUCCCCGAAACCGAGUACGGCGCCGCAUUGAUCUACUUUACUGGGAACGAUAUCUUCAACCGGAGUAUGCGUCUCCUUGCAUCAAAGAAGGGGAUGCGGUUGAACCAGAGGGGUUUGUACAAGGAGGUUAUGAGGGGACGUGGCAGGGUGAAGGUCACAGAGGGACAAUUGGUUGAGGGCAGAGAUGAGAGAAGAAUUUUUGAGAUCCUUGGGGUCAAGUGGCGCGAACCAGAGGAAAGAUGGUGUUAACGUUUUGGAUUUUCAGUGUGUUUAUCUGGUAUCCCUUGGAGAAUAAGCCGUACCACCCUAGAAUGGGAGCAUCAUCCAG